AUGGAUACCGAAAGUGGAACUCCAACCCAGCAAAGAGCAGGACGAAUGGAUUCGAAAACUUAUUAUUUUACGACUUUUAAUAGUUCUUUGAAUAUUAUAUGCCAUACUUUAAUAGGUAUAGUGGUGGGUGUCAUCGUGACCUAUGGGUUAACUUUACCAAGUGGAAAAACAAAGGACCACAUCAUAUUAUGUGUUCUUGGGUACCAAUUGUUGAUGGCUCAAGCCAUUUUAAGUCUGUCCCCCCACAAUGGUUGGUCAGUCCACCUUAAGCUGGUGGACAAGAAGCGUGCCCACUGGAUCUUACAAACCGUGGGAUCUGUACUGGCUAUCGUAGGCAGUUUCCUUAAAAUCGUUGACAAGAACGUCCAUUGGAAUACAAAUCACGGAAUUUUUGCAUUGAUAGCCCUGGUCUUCACAGUGAUAAGUCUCGUCAACGGACUGACGUCGCUCUAUGCUUACGAAUUCCGACGAUUUCUGCCAUCAACCCUUUCGAAGCUGACUCAUAUUUGUGCCGGCACAAUAGCCUUUGUGGCUUCAUGCAUCAGCCUCUGUUACGGCAUCGACAAGGGUAUGUUCACAAACUGGGUCGGCAGCACCAUAGCCAACGUCCUCAUCGGAUUCAGCUCUUUCUUCACCUUCCUCAUCAUUACCGCUCCUUUGAUUACCUUCUUUAACAAACUAAAGAAUACAUAA